AUGUGGGGAGGUGGCUGGGUGGCACACUCGCCCUGCCUGCAGUUGGGUCAGGGGACCCUGAAUUCAGGUGUGGGGCUGCUGCAGAGCCCACAUGGGGACAUGGCUAGGUGGCAGGUGCACUCCCCUGCCUGGAGUCAGGUCGGGGGGUCCUUGGGGUCUGGCGUGGGGCUGCUGCAGAACGACACUGGGAGCGCAACCCCGAAAAGUCCCGCACAACUGCAGAGCCACCGCCUCCAGGGGCGCUUGGAAGACAAAGUGCCCACUGCAGCAGCUCGGGUACCGGACGACGAUCCACAGUCCCCUGGCAUGGGCCUCUUGUCGCUAGAGUCGCUGCUGCAGGCAGCUCUCACCUUGCAGGGCGUAGCCAUCACGGUGGCACUGCUCCUCCUGGCCGGGUGCCUGCGCUCCUGGCGCACCAGGAAACCUGGUGAACCUCCCUUGAUUAAAGGAUGGCUUCCUUACAUUGGACAGGCCCUGAAAAUAAAAAAAGAUCCUGUUGGUUUCUUUAAAACCUAUCAAAGCAAACAUGGAGACAUUUUCACUCUUCUCAUUGGUGGAAAGUACAUAACAUUUAUCUUGGACCCUUUCCAGUUCCAGAUAGUGGAGAAAAAUUAUAAACAAUUAACUUUUCGAGAAUUUACUAAUGAAAUAUCAUUAAAAGUAUUUGAUAUCAAACAAUUGAUUACCAAUGAUUCUCUGGAUAAAGAUCUUCAUCUCUGCUAUCGAUGUCUACAAGGGAAGCCUUUGGACACAUUCAUAGAAGAAAUGAUGGAGAAAUUGAAGCAAACUUUUGAACUUCAACUAUUAAAAAACACAACUUGGACCACAGCACAAAUGUUCUCCUUCUGCACUUCACUAGUUUUUGAGACCACAUUUUUAACCCUCUAUGGAAAAAGUUUAGAUGGUGAUCAGAAGAUGAUUACUGAAAUAAAAGAUAAUUUUUAUAAAUUUGAUGGCAAGUUUCCAUUUUUAUUAUCAAGCAUACCCUCUGAGUUUCUAGGAAACAUCAAGUCAAUUAAAAAGAAACUUAUACAAUGUUUUGCAUCUGAACAGUUCUCUAAGAUGCAGGCAUGGUCAGAAAUUCUUCAAAUGAGGCAAACUGUCCUAGAGAAAUACUAUUCACCUGAGGACGUUGAAAUAGGAGCACAUCAUUUAGCCUUUCUCUGGGCCUCUGUGGCAAACACUGCUCCAGCUCUGUUCUGGACGCUGUAUUAUGUUCUCCAGCACCCAGAAGCUAUGGCGGGGCUUCGUAAUGAAAUUGACCAUUUGCUGCAGUCAACAGGUCACAACAGAUCUGAAUUUUCCAUCUACCUCACCAGAGAACAAUUGGACAGCCUGAUCUACCUAGAAAGCACCAUUCUAGAGUCUUUACGACUAUGCUCAUUAUCAGGCAUCUUUCGUGCUGUUCAAGAAGAUAUGACUCUACAUUUUGAGACCAGAAAGUAUACUCUGCGAAAGGGAGACUUAGUAGCUAUCUAUCCUCCAGUCAUACAUGUUGACCCUGAAAUCUUUGAAGCUCCAGAGGAGUUUAGAUAUGAUCGUUUUGUAGAAGAUGGGAAAAUGAAAACCACCUUUUUCAAAAGAGGAAAAAAACUGCGCUAUUACCUAUUACCAUUUGGAUUUGGAAUCAGCAAAUGUCCAGGCAGAUAUGUGGCACUUAAUGAAAUAAAGCUGUUAUUGAUUGUAUUUUUAACUUAUUUUGACUUAGAAAUAAUUAGCGAUACAAAUGUAGAACUAAAUCAGGACUAUUUUUUUAUUGGUGUUCAGCGUCCAAAUUCUGAUGUCCUAUUUAGGUAUAAAGUAAAAUCUUAA